AUGUGUUCAAAGGAAGAGUUACCUAAAAGCCUUUCGGAUAUUUCGAAUAUUCCGAAGCAAGAAGUGCAAGAGCAACCUGGUGUGCAACAUGAAAUGAAACCUCAACCUCUUGUCCAUCAUUUACCUGCCGACGACGAACAUCUCGUAGAAUAUCAAGCAGCUGGAAAAUUAAAAUCUAAAAUUGCUCUUAUUACCGGAGGUGAUUCUGGAAUUGGUCGAUCAAUAGCGACCUUAUUCUCACUCGAAGGUUGUGCAGGACUAGCAAUUGUGCAUUUGCCACGUGAAGAAAAAGACGCACAAGAAACUAAAAAAAGGAUUGAGAAACAAUCGAGCACUCAGGUGGAAUUGAUUUGUAAGGAUAUUGGAUGUGAAGAAAACACAAUUGAAAUCAUUGAUCAUGUGGUUAAAAAAUGGGGCAGAAUUGAUGUGUUAGUAAAUAACGCUUCGGAACAACAUGUGGGCGGAAAUAUUCAGGAUCUUAGCGCAGAGCAACUUGAGAAAACUUUUAGGACAAAUAUUUUUGGAAUGGUUUUUCUUACUAAGCAUGCAAUUAAGCACAUGAAGAAAGGAAGUUCCAUCAUCAAUACGUCCUCAAUUACCGCCUAUAAAGGCCAUUCUUUGUUGAUUGAUUACUCCAUGACGAAGGCGGCCAUCGUUGGUUUCACUAGAUCACUUAGCCUUCAGUUGAUUGAUAAAGGAAUUCGUGUUAAUGCCGUUUCUCCAGGACCGAUUUGGACACCUUUGGUCAAAGCAAGUUUUCCUCCUGAAAUGCUAGAAGACUUUGGAAAAGAGACGCCUUUUUGUCGACCAGGCCAACCUUCAGAAGUAGCACCUUGUUACGUUUUUCUCGCUGGCAAUGAUUCUACCUAUAUGUCUGGUCAGGUUCUCCAUCCUAAUGGAGGUGAGACUUAA